AUGGUGCCCGCGGCUCGCCCUGCUGCCGCCCUUGGCGCGGCAGCUGCACUGCUGCUUGUGGCCGUCAUCUCGCCCGUCCCAGCAAACGCCGACGUUGUUUGCUCCGGAAUCGCGCCUCUGCUGCUGCCGACUGGCAGCUGUGACACCUACACCGUCAACAAGGCCGCCUUCUUCCUUGUCACCCCUCCCACAACCGUGGCCGGCAUCACAGUCGAGUUUGUGGCCAAUGUCCCGCCGACCCCCAUCGCCCCGCCGCCUGUCAUCACCACUGUAGGGGCAGACACGUUCUUCACGCUGCUGCGAGGCCACACUUACACUUACAGGAUCCUUGAGGGCGUCACUCAGCGCUGCCCCCCAAGCACCGUCGUCGUCCCAGCCUGCACCCCGAUCUGCCGAGACCUGGUCGUCCCCAUCGCGGCCACCGCCCUCGACCAAGAUUGCCAGUACCAGAUGGGCGGCCCGCCGCUGCCGGCCGCGCUCGUCCCGCCGGUCCCUGCCGACCCCAACUUCCCGAACAACUUGAAGCCCACCACAAUGGUCACCACCAACGCCAUAUGGACCGCAAACUCUGUCGGCUCGGCCGCCCUCAACGCCUUCAUCUCAUUCAAUGCCUCGUACACCCUCUUACCCAUCACUCGGGUGGUGUUCCCGAUCGGCAGCUACCGCAUCGGAACCCUCCAGAUCGCAUACCCCAACGGCCUCGAGUCGGUCAAAUGCGACAAGCUGCUGACUGUAUCGGACACCACCAACUAUGGCAACGUCGCACCCGUCCUGGUUAGCCCCCUGCCCUGCUUCUAUGGCGAGUCCAACCGCGCCUUCACGAAUUUUGACAUCCCCAUCGGCCGCAUCGCGACGCGCGCGCCGCCCGCGGGCGGCGUCUCGUGCAAGGUCCCCACGGCGGCCGGCCUGCCGACCGCGGUAUCUGCGGAGCUCUGCACGCCGCAGUUCAAGGACACGAAGCGCAGGAAGCGCGUGUGCCAGACGGGCAACGUCGUUGCCUCGGGCAUCGGCGUUCCGAUCGUCAACGGGGAGACGACGAAGUCGUCGACGGUGCAGCCGCCCUACGUGGACGUGCUCAAGAAGUACACGGCCAACAGCCAGCAGCUGACACUCACGCUGAUCAAUUGGGACGCAAACGGCCCGCUCCUCGGCCUGCCGCCGCCCGCCGUGGGCGCGCCAGCGAACCCGCCGCCGGCGAAGGCGACCGCAGUGAUCACGCUGUUCAAGACGGCGCGGGCCGCGAGGGGCAGGGGCUGCCUGCCGGUCAACAACCAGCUGCCCGCGGCGCCCGCGCCUGGCGGCCCGUGA